AUGCGUUCGAACACCAUCCGCGCUCUCACGCUUCUGACAGCCACCGCGGCGACAGUCGCUGCUGAGAGUACCGUGUCGCUGUUCCUGCCCUACGCUGAUCGCCAGAGUCUCGUGGCGGAAGUCGUCGGCAGUAGCGACUCUGCAACCACCUACGUCGUCAACUGCGCCUCUGCCGGGGAGGACUGCCCUAUGCCCUCAAGCGGUUACACAAUUGUCCAGGGCCCCUCGACUGUGAAGGAGGGCUAUUCUGACAACGGCUACUACGCCGGAUUCGACUGCAAACUCGGCGGCACCACCUCCUUCUCCUGCCUCGUAUCGCAGGUGGACAACAGCACAACCCAAACAUCUGCGACCGUCAUGACCACCGACAUCGGCUCUUUCUUUCUGCCCGUUGUGGUGACCGGUACUGCCACCGCCGGCGCCCAUGCCACUACUGGAGCAUCCGUCACAGCGGGGACGGCUUCGGCGACUGGAAAGACUACACUGGCCACGUCGGGCCCGUCUGCGACGAGCGGCGCCCAUGCCACUGGCUCUUCGGCUUCGGCCUCGACGUCCCACAGCUCCAGCGGAAACGCUGCCAUGCCUCAGAUUACUGGGAAUGCCAAUUGGGCUGUUGGGGGCGCUGCUAUGGCAAUGGCUCUGGCCCUGGCUUAA